UGAAACCCGAGUCUGAUUUAUUAUGAAGGCAUAAUUAAAAAUUAUAAUUUAAGUUUCUUCUAAAUUUUUUAGCUUUUUUAUUUUAUUAAUUGUUAUACUGUUGUUGAUAUUUAAAACAAAUGUUGUUACUUUAUUUGUUUAAAUUGUUGAUUAUUAAUGCGUUCUAAAUUAUUGUUCUGUAAUCAUCAGAAUAUUUUGUUUAGAAUACAAUCAAUACGAGGAAUAAGAUUACCAUUAUAUCAAAAGCCAAAUAAAAAAAAAAUGUCAUUAAAAGAAGGUAAAACAUCUCAAGUUUCAGAAAUGAAACCUUGGCCAACUUAUAUUGAGGAUCGUUUGAAACUAUGGGAAAAACUUAAAGAGCAAUAUAAUAAUGAUUUGGCUAGCAAAACUCCAGAACCUAUAACUGUAACAUUCCCAGAUGGAAGAACAAUUGAUGCUAAAUCAUGGCAAACAACACCUUAUGAUUUAGCAAAAGGCAUAAGUCAAGGACUGGCAGAUAAUACUGUAAUUGCUAAAGUUAAUGGAGAACUUUGGGACUUGGAUAGACCUUUGGAAAAAGAUAGCUUACUGUGUUUACUUAAAUUUUCGGAUGAAGAAGCUCAACAAGUAUUUUGGCAUUCAUCCGCUCAUGUUUUGGGUGAAGCGAUGGAAAGAAUUUAUGGUGGCUGCUUAUGUUAUGGACCACCCAUUGAAGAAGGCUUUUACUAUGAUAUGUUUAUGGAAGAUAAACAAGUUUCAAAUUUUGAUUUUCCUGUUGUGGAAAGCUUAGUUAAAAUCAUAUUGAAAGAAAAACAGCCUUUUGAAAGAUUAGAAGUUAAGAAAGAAGAUCUAUUAGAAAUGUUUAAAUACAAUGAGUUUAAAGUAAGAAUUUUGAAGGAAAAGGUAAAAACUCCAACAACUACUGUAUAUCGUUGUGGACCAUUGAUUGAUUUAUGUAGAGGACCUCAUGUACGAAACACAGGAAAAGUCAAAGCAUUAAAAGUGAUUAAGAAUUCUGCUACAUAUUGGGAAGGUGAUUCUAAAGCAGAAUCUUUACAACGUAUUUAUGGAAUUUCAUUUCCAGAUAACAAACUAAUGAAAGAAUGGGAAAAAUUUCAAGAAGAAGCUGCUAAAAGAGAUCACCGUAAAAUUGGAAGAGAGCAAGAGUUAUUUUUCUUCCAUGAAUUAAGUCCUGGUUCCUGUUUUUUUCAACCAAAAGGUGCAUAUAUUUAUAAUACAUUAAUUGAAUUUAUUAAAAGUGAAUACCGUAAACGUGGAUUCCAAGAAGUAGUUUCACCAAAUAUAUAUAACACUAAAUUAUGGCAAACAUCUGGUCAUUGGGCCCAUUAUGCAGAAAAUAUGUUUUCAUUUGAUGUUGAAAAAGAAACUUAUGCUUUAAAACCCAUGAAUUGUCCUGGCCAUUGUUUGAUGUUUGAUCAUCGAAACAGAUCAUGGAGAGAAUUACCGCUCAGAAUGGCUGAUUUUGGUGUAUUACAUCGUAAUGAAUUAUCAGGAGCUUUAACUGGAUUAACUCGAGUGAGACGUUUCCAACAAGAUGAUGCUCACAUAUUUUGUACUACUGCUCAAAUUGGUGUAGAAAUUGUGAACGCUUUAGAUUUUUUGCGUCAUGUUUAUACAAUUUUUGGAUUUACAUUUAAUUUAAGACUAUCUACUAGACCAGAAAAAUAUUUGGGUGAAUUGGAAAUGUGGAAUAAUGCUGAAAAGCAACUUGAAGAAAGUUUAAACUUAUUUGGUGAACCUUGGAAAUUAAAUCCAGGUGAUGGUGCUUUUUAUGGUCCAAAGAUUGAUAUUACGAUUUCAGAUGCUCUUAAACGACAACAUCAAUGUGCUACUAUUCAACUAGAUUUUCAACUUCCUAUUCGAUUUAAUCUAUCAUAUGUUAGUGAAACUGGUGAAAAGAUUCGUCCUGUUAUUAUACAUCGUGCUAUAUUUGGUUCUGUUGAAAGAAUGAUAGCUAUCUUAACUGAAUCCUUCGCUGGUAAAUGGCCAUUUUGGUUAUCACCUAGACAAGCAAUUGUAAUACCAGUUGGACCUCAAUUUGAUGAGUAUGCUGAAAAAGUUAAAAAAGAAAUUUAUGAGUCUGGUUUUAUGUGUGAUGUUGACGUUGAUCAUGGGGAUACCUUAAAUAAGAAAAUUCGCAAUGCACAAUUGGCUCAAUAUAAUUUUAUUCUAGUGGUUGGUGAAAAAGAACGGUCUGGCAGUACUGUUAAUGUUCGUACUAGAGAUAAUAUUGUUCAUGGCGAAUUUAGUAUCGAAGAAACUAUUCAAAGACUAGUAAAGCUUAAAACUUCUAGAACUAAUAACAGUGAAGUUGAAUUUUAAAAUGUUAAAAUGAAAUAUUUUAUAUUUUAAUAAAUUAUUGUUUAAUUUACGUGUUUCAUAUUAAAA